AUGAGACGGUCUUUUGUAUGCAUUCUCGCGUUGUCAUGGCAAAUCUUUGCUUUGCUUAUGUGCACAACAAUAUCGGCACAGGAUAGUGAACGCGGUUUUAUCCUAUCUGAUUUAAAGCUAGCUGUAACAACGUCCGAAGCCCGCAGAAAGCUAACCGAAAGUUUGCCAUAUCCUUCUUCACUUGAUAAAUUAAUCGAACUAUCACAAGGAGAUAAUUUAAAAAUGAUUUUUACCAUUCAAGAUAAAGCAACUAAAAGAGGAAUUCAACCUCAUCAAUCCUUGUUGGUUUUAAGUUCUAAUCAAACGGGAUCUCAAAUACCGAUACUUGUAACAGUAAGAGAAACUGGUAAAGCUCGCGCCGAAUUAAAUUUGAAAACAAUUCCUGGAAAUCUUUUUUCGGGAAAUUACUCGCUUAACCUUAUCAUUGGAACUUUUUCACACGAUGAUCCAAUCAAUUACCACAUUGGAACUGUAAAGAUCGAUAUACCAACCACAUACUCUGCUCCGGUCAAAUAUGGUCCCAAACCUGAAAUUCAUCAUAUUUUUAAACCUGACCAAAAAUUACCUCCAAAAUUCCUCUCAUACAGUUUUGUGGUUAUAGUAUUAACACCUUGGUUAUUUUUAAUCGGAGCGUGGAUACAACUUGGUGUUAAUGUUUCAUUCUUGACAAGUGAACCCGAAACUCUUCCAGCUAUAAUUGGUUUCUUGGGCACAUUAUCAGCUAUUGAAAUCCUGUUUUAUAAUUAUUGGACACAUUUGAACAUUUUUCAAACAUUAUCAUGGCUAUCAGGAUUAAGUGCUUUGGCAUUUUUCUUGGGUCAAAAGGCUUUAAGUGAUGUACAAGAAUGGAGGCUUAAAGGACUUCGAUAA